AUGCGUUCAAAUAUUCUCUCCACUACUGCUCUUCUCGUCGCUGGUUUGUUUGCUGCUGUCCGUGCAGAUUUGUCCUGGAACGUGCUGUAUACAAAUGAUUCCGACGGACGAUACUAUUUCCUCGAUUCAUCCAAGGACAGGAUCAUUGUCUCGUCAGCAGAUAACGUUGAAGCCGUGAAGGCCAACCACGACAAGGGACAGCGCUUCAGAUGGGGUGGAAAUAACACCGGCGUUACCUGUCAAGAUCAUUCGAAACAUUUCCUUGGGUUUGACUCGGGUGAACAAGCGUUCAAAUCAGACUUCGAUUCCAAGCACACAGAUGGUCAAGUACAAAUUACCCUCCAAUCGAAGUCCCAGGCUUAUCUAUGCACCGGAUCUAACUGCAUUGGCGUCAAUGCCGCAUCAACGGAUAAGCAUUAUCUGUGGUAUUACCAGGUGGUUCCGGCAGCUUGA